AUGUCUCCAACCGCAAACAUCAAUACGAUCCCCGUCGAGCUGUUGACAAGGAUCUUCUCUUGCUUACGUGACGAUUCCAAGUAUGGAAAAGAAGGAAUUGAAAACAGUCGCUUGGUAUCGCGACGCUUCAGAGAUGUCGCCUCGAAGUUUCUCAUCACCAAGAUUUCUGUCUGUCUUACCUCGGACUCCUUCGCACGUUUCGAGUCUAUCUGCACCCAUCCCGUAUUCAGCAAAGGUGUACAGAGAGUCAACAUCCUGUUAUCAUACUACGAAGUCGAACUGGCCCGCGACAAACAGCUAUACAUGAUGGAAGCGCAAUCAAGAGUUUUACGACACUGGGAAACCAUGGAACGAUCGAGACUGUACAAACGGAAGUACAAUGUGACAGACGAGUUGUUUCGAUGGUUGGGAGAUAUUGCUUGGGGUGGCAACCCUGACGUCCAGCAAUUGGCCAGAGGCGAAGACAUCCAGACGACACCGACGCCAAUCCAGAUUUUGUUCCUCAAGGCAUACGACAUUUACAAGGCUAGAUUCGAGGACCAGGAUAGCCUGAGAAAGGACAAUGCACAUAUCGGUCGCCUGGUAAAUGGAUUGUCUUCUCUCCCAAGCCUCACAACACUCAACUUGGACGAUACCCACGGGACAAAAAUGAUCAUGAGAGAAUCAACACAAACUAAGCUCGGAGAUAAUCAAAUGCACCCCGAGGACUUUUCCGACACUGGGUACGAUCGAACAACAUUGCAACAUUUUGACAGCGCCAUUCGCCAGUCUGGUUGGUGCGGCUCUUUCCAUACCGGGGGGAGCCGUCGCCAUGAUGGCACAGCUGAUCUCUCGACAUCUCCUCCUCUCGAGAUGCUUGGAGAGUUAUGCUCCCAGCUCGGUGCGAAAGGCGUCAGGCCCAAGUCAAUCAGAAUCUCAGUGAAGCCACCGCCUAAUAUGCGAGUGUUGGCAAUGUCAACAACACAACAAGAAAACAUGAAGCGGUUGGUUUCUCAAGCUUUGAGUUUAAUUUUUCAGUUCGACUUCUUCUCUCGCCCUUACGGCCUUCAGGAGAACCCCAGGGAUGAGAUGUUAUCUCUGUGCUCCAUCACAAAGCCGUUCUUCAGCGCGCCAAAGCUUGAGUUUCUGGACAUAUACUUUGUUGAGUACCCCAGAAGCAACGCACCGCCAACAGUCUCUCUGAGUGAGAUUCUGCCUUUGGACAUGUCUUGGACACGACUAGAAACUCUAUGGCUACUGUAUCAACCCAUGACUAUGGAUGAGCUGAGAGGCUUGGUCAGCAAAAGUUGCCCGGCCGUUCGUGAAUUAAGGUUGCAGUCUCCGUGGCUUCUGCAAGGUAGCAUCCAUGAUGCAUUGCACACUAUACGUGGGUUUAAGAAUCUGGAAAAGGUGGAUAUAACAUACCCCAAGGGGUCCGACUUUCGAGGCACAGGUGCUUUGGACUUUAAGUGGCCGCUGGAUGAGAUCAAACGUUAUCUUCUCAAAGAGACAGAUGAUUUCCCACUUCCGGACGAGCUAGAUUAUUCCAGGUAG